AUGACUGCCCAGAGCUACAGCAUCUACAAUGCUGUCCUUACUAUAGCACAAGCGCUGCAUAGCAUGUACUCAGUGAAACAAAAAUACACUUUAACAUUUGUGGGAGGAGACACAAAGAAGUCCUUCAGUUCACAACCUUGGCAGCUUCAUGCUUUCCUGAGAAGCAUCUCAUUUAACAACAGUGCUGGGGACCACAUUUACUUUAAUGAGAAAGGUGAACUAGAAACUGGAUUUGACAUUAUCAACUGGAUUACUUUCCCAAACCAAAGUUUUCAAAAAGUGAAAGUAGGAGGGAUGGCUUCUGAGACUUCACCUGGCACAGAGUUCACCAUUAACAAGGAACUCAUCACAUGGCACAGGGCAUUUAAUCAGGUUCAGCCACUUUCAGUGUGUAAUGACAACUGCCAUUCAGGUUACAGUAGAAGAAAGAAGGAAGAGAUGUUCUGUUGCUAUGAUUGUGCUCCAUGCCCAGAAGGAAAGAUUUCAGACAAGAUAGACAUGGAUGAUUGUGUUGAAUGCCCAGAAGAUGAGUAUCCAAACAAGGAUCAAAAUCAAUGUGUUCCUAAGAUUCUGAACUUCCUGUCCUAUGAUGAGUCUUUAGGGAUCACUUUAGCUCUUCUAUCUUUCUCUUUUUCUCUGAUCACAGCCCUUGUGCUUGGAAUUUUCAUUAAGCACAGGAACACCCCCAUUGUCAAAGCAAACAAUCGAGAUCUAACCUAUGGUCUACUCAUCUCCCUCAUGAUUUGCUUCCUUUGCUCCUUGCUGUUCAUUGGCCAGCCUCAUACAGGGACGUGCCUUCUACGCCAAACAUCUUUUGGCAUCAUCUUUUCAGUAGCUAUUUCUUCUCUGUUGGCAAAAACUGUCACUGUGGUUCUAGUUUUCAUGGCCAAUAAACCAGGAAGUCAGAUAAUGAAAUGGGUGGGAAAACUGCUGGCAUAUUCAAUUGUUCUUUCUUGCUCUGUUAUUCAAGUGGUAAUUUGUAUUCUGUGGCUCUACAUAGCGCCUCCAUUCCCCAGAAUGGAUACAAAGUCCAUGAAUGAAGAAAUUGUACUGGAAUGUAAUGAAGGGUCUGCUGUAAUGUUUUACUGUGUUUUGGGCUACAUGGGAUUCUUGGCUAGUGUAACUUUUACUGUGGCUUUCUUUGCUCGCAAGUUGCCCAACACAUUUAAUGAAAUCAAGUUAAUCACUUUCAGCAUGAUGGUGUUUUGCAGUGUUUGGUCAUCCUUUGUUCCAGCUUACCUGAGUGCGAAAGGAAAACAUAUAGUAGCUGUGGAGAUCUUCUCUAUCUUAGCUUCCAGUGCUGGAUUACUUGUUUGUAUCUUUCCUCCCAAACUCUACAUAAUUAUUCUACGACCUGAGUUGAAUAGCAAGGAUCAGCUGCUAUUGAGAAAUAAGUAG